AUGGGGAUUAUCGUCGUGUUGGGUGAUGAAUCUCGCUUGACGGUGAUGGACGCUGUAAAGAUUCUGUGGCAGACCAUCUCGACGCUGUACGAGACUUCUCCUCAUGCUGAACCGAAAAUCGUAGGCCUUCCAGCCAACCUUCUCGACCACGAUACUCCGGAGAAGAUGGUAGAGACGGUGGAGCGCGAGUUUGGCGGAAAGCUGCACAUCCUUUUCGACAAUGCGGCUUAUGACGAGAUGCGUCCGAUUGGCAAGCUGAUGCCGAAUACGUCCAUAGAUCCCUGACUGUGAAUAUCCAGACCCUGCUCUUGACUCUUGUAUGUGGACAUUUUCUUCAGGAGGACUCUGUUCCAGCCG